GGGUGCCGGAGGUGAGAUAGGGGCCGGUACUUAAGCCCUCCCCAGGCGGUCGCUAGUCCCUCCCUCCCUUCCGUCAGAGCAGCUCGCGGCAGCCCGCAUCCGGUCGGAACAGCGGCCAAGUGUUCAGAGCAGGCCUGCAAGCGUCACAUCGGCGAAAGUGCGCUGGAACGGGACAGCAAGGUGCUUGAAGUUCGCUGUAACAGUGUCGGGUGGAUCGGACUCGAAGCUCGGGCUGUUAGGAGCGCGUCGGAGCAGGAUCUUGAGCCGUCCAGAACGGGGCGGAUCAGGCGGCACACCUGUCAGCAAGGCUCAAGGCUGCCUCUCGAGAUGGCGACCCUGAGGAGCGGGCUGCUGUCGCUGCUGCUGGUCAGCACGCUGAGCGGCAUGCUGACCGGCUGCGCGGCCGACAUCAUCGAGAAUUUCGAGAACGGCAUGGGCAGCAACUGGAAGACCUGGUCAGACGACAACGGCGGGCACUGGCUCUGGAGGAACGCCUCCGACCUGGACAUGCCGCAGAGACCUGACGGCGACUCGGGCGUCACCAUGGUCUUCCCCAACGAGGGAAAGGACUCGGCGGCUGCCCAUCUCUACAGUCCGUUGCUGACCUUCCCGGCCGGAGCCAAGAUCAAACUGAGCUACUGGAUCCGGUCGAUGUAUAUCGGAGCAGCUAACCUGAUCCUGAAGAGGGUGGAGGGCGGCCAGGAGCUGAACCCGUUCCUCGAUCUCUCCUCCUACGCCACACCCGACAACAACGAGUGGCGUCAGGCCGAGGCUGAUGUGCCGGCGUCGCAGACUACCCAGUCCAGGAUCUGCAUUUUCGGCUUCCGACGCAACCACAAGCUGGAUGCCAUCGCCGUGGACAACCUGGUGUUGACGGGAGUGGACGGGUCCGAGACCAGCAUCCCGCUCCACCCGGCCGCGGUCUGAGACCACAGGAUGUGACCCACCGGAUGUUGAUAGACCCCCGUGCCUUCUCACAUCCCGACACAUGUGUUAUUAGGAGAUGUAGGUUCUGGCAACAGUUUCAAGUGAGUCGGUUCGAAUGACAACAGCCGAGAACAUCAUGCGUUCGGUAUUGCGCCUGCCGGCGGGUUCAUAUUAGAAUACUUUCCAAAAUAAGACAGACGUCAUCAAUGGUUGAAUAUAUUGUGUCCGCUUGGUGUCGAAAUGGGACAUUACAUGUAAUUUCCAUGUCUAAGUCAAGUAACGUCUGAUUCCAGUUAAAAACACUUCAAUGAAUCCCCGCUGGGCCGAUGAGACUGAUAACAAUAUUACUGAGAACAAUAUUACUGUGCAAGUCGACUCAUAUCAUUCGUGCCAAAAGACACAUCAAGCUGAUUGCGGCAAACAUGCUCGAGUGAAUUCUGACUCGGUAACAAUCAUACUUUCUGAAGAUAUUUGAUUGGAAUCAUACCUGAUCGUGCACACAGUCAGGGAGGGAAUACCGCCUACUCCCUCCCCUCAGGUCAACAAUUUUGUGAUAUUUUACCGCCGUACGUGCCCUGUGAUGGGGGUUUAAAAUCAGUGCACACUGGAUUCGAAAAUGAAGUGAGAUUAUCAAUUAAACCAAUACAUUCAAACGAGUUGAAUUC